UUCAUUGUUCUCUAUUCAUAGUCUGUAAUUCGAAAUCCGAAGGAAGCCAGGGAUUUACAGUGCAAAAAAAUCUACACAAGGAAGGAGAUAGCAAGAGUCGAGAGAGAGAUAGACAAUUAGUAUAAUUUUGUUUUCAUUACAACCUUAAAAUCUUCAUACUCUGUUCUGUAUUCUUUUCUCUUAUUAGCUGCUGUGCUUCGUUGCCUUUUCUUCUUUCUCCUUCCUUCUCUCUCUCUUUGCUUGAUUCAGUUUAGGAGAAAGAAAAAAGGAGUUGUCUUUUUACAGGGUUUAUCACAAGAUCCCUUGAAGCUCCCAUUUCUUAGGGUUUGAGUUCCCAGAUCUCUCUCUCUCAACCCUUCUGCUAAUUGUCCGUUUUGAAUGAUUAGGGUUUCUCAAUUAGAAGCAGAAAUCAAGAAGAUCACUUAGGGCUUUUGCUUCCUUGUUGCUUAGGGUUUCGUCAAUCCAAUUAGGGUUAUCUUAUAGACAUGAUGAAGCAAAUAUUUGGGAAAUUACCCAAAAAACCUUCCAAAUCAUCCCAUCCAAACCUUGAAGGUGGUGUUAACACUAAAACGAAGUCAUCAACAUCAAACUCAAACGGCACCAUUGCUCCUUCCUCAAACAGAGCCAACAAUGGAGCUUACGAAGCCUUACCCACCUUCAGGGAAGUUCCCACCUCAGAGAAACCAAACCUCUUCAUCAAGAAACUAACCAUAUGCUGCGUCGUGUUCGACUUCACUGACUCUUCCAAGAAUCUCAGAGAGAAAGAGAUUAAAAGACAGACUUUACUUGAGCUAGUAGACUACAUCGCCACGGUCUCCACAAAGUUCACAGACGCAGCAAUGCAAGAGAUUGCGAAACUCGCUGUGGUUAACCUCUUCAGGACGUUUACUUCCGUGAACCACGAAAGCAAGAUGAUGGAAACGUUUGAUGGUGGUGAUGAUGAGGAGCCUGCCUUAGAGCCAGCUUGGCCUCAUCUUCAAGUCGUCUACGAGCUUCUCCUUAGAUUCGUGGCCUCGCCCAUGACUGACGCCAAGCUUGCGAAGCGGUAUAUCGACCAUUCCUUUGUAUUGAAACUCUUGGAAUUGUUCGACUCUGAGGAUCAGAGAGAGAGGGAGUAUUUAAAGACCAUACUCCAUCGAAUCUACGGGAAGUUCAUGGUGCAUCGUCCUUUUAUCAGGAAAGCUAUCAACAAUAUCUUCUACAGAUUCAUGUUUGAGACGGAGAAGCAUAACGGUAUUGCGGAGUUGCUUGAGAUUCUUGGAAGUAUAAUCAACGGUUUCGCCUUGCCGUUGAAAGAAGAGCAUAAGCUCUUCCUUGUCAGGGCUUUGAUACCGUUGCAUAGGCCUAAAUGUGCUGCGGCUUAUCAUCAGCAGCUUUGUUAUUGCAUUGUUCAGUUUGUGGAGAAAGACUUUAAGCUUGCUGAUACGGUCAUUAGAGGGCUUCUAAAGUAUUGGCCUGUGACUAAUAGUUCAAAGGAAGUUAUGUUUCUUGGUGAGUUGGAAGAGGUUUUGGAAGCAACUCAAGCGGCUGAGUUUCAGAGAUGUAUGGUUCCUUUGUUCCGUCAAAUCGCAAGAUGCAUCAACAGUUCGCAUUUUCAGGUGGCUGAAAGAGCUUUGUUUCUGUGGAACAAUGAUCACAUAAGAAACCUGAUUACUCAAAACCAUAAAGUUAUAAUGCCGAUUGUGUUCCCGGCUAUGGAGAGGAACACGCGGGGACAUUGGAACCAAGCGGUUCAGAGUCUGACUUUGAAUGUGAGAAAGGUAUUAGCAGAGACAGAUCAGGCUUUGUUUGAUGAAUGCUUAGCAAAGUUCCGAGAAGAUGAAGCGAAUAAGACUGAGGUUGUAGCUAAAAGAGAAGCAACAUGGAAGCUUUUGGAAGAUUUGGCGGCUUCCAAAUCCGUAAGCAACGAGGCAGUGCUGGUCUCAAGAUUUUCAUCUUUGGUUGCACUUGCCACUGGGAAAACUUCUGUUAGUUGAACACUUUCAAAAGAUCCUGCAGAGUUGUAUGAAACCAUUAGAAACAUCAGGAUCGGUCCUUGAAAGGGAGAAACCGAAGUGGAAUGAGAUGAUCAAAGAGGGGGCAGUGUCAUCAGUGAAUACUUCUUAACAUUUAUUUUUUUCAGGUUUCUGGAAUCAGGGUUUGCUCAAUUAUUUGUUGUUUCUGAUCUCUUUUUUUAUUGGUAGCUCUUAAAAGGAGUUGACAAUAUGUUGUGUAAGAAACUGGUUCUAUAGAUAUAGUUCUUGAGAGGAUGGCUAAAUAAUUAUUUGUACUGUGAUUUGAAAUUGAUGUAUGAGAUUAUAUGUUUUGGAAAAAUGCAGAUGGAAGUCAUAUAAACAGCU